GAGAUGAGAAAACCCGUUAACCAUCAGAUUUUACUGCGCGUGUUGCGUUUUGAAGUGGUUCGGUAACUUUACGACGCUCCCUGAUCAACCUCCUCCUCCACGACCUUUGCCCUCGCGUCGCUCGCUCGGGAUCAUGAGGGGAAGAAUAUCCGGAGGAGCGCGACAGAUCGGACAGAUCCUCCUUAUCAGAGACUCUCCGUUACUUUCGCUGAGGUUCGUGUCUGGAAGGAACAUGGCGACUCAAGCGAAGCGGCCCGUGUCCUUACUGGGGACGAUGGCGUUCGGCGGCCGAGCUGACGCCGAGCAGAGCCUGGAGAUGGUGCAGAGGUUCCUGGGCAGAGGACACAAACAUGUGGACACAGCCUUCAUGUACAUGGACGGGAAGUCUGAGGCGGUCAUAGGCGGCAUGAAGCUCCCAGACACAGUAAGCAUCGCGACCAAGGCCAACCCCUGGGACGGGAAGACGCUGAAGCCAGAGAGUGUGCGCUCCCAGCUGGAAACCUCCCUUCAGAGGCUGCAGGCCGCCUGUGUGGACCUCUUCUACCUCCAUGCCCCGGACCACCAAAACCCCAUCCAGGACACUCUGAGGGCCUGUGAUGAGCUCCACAAAGAGGGAAAAUUCAAGGAGUUUGGCCUGUCGAACUAUGCAUCAUGGGAAGUGGCUGAAAUCGUGACCAUCUGCAGACACAACAACUGGAUCCAGCCCACUGUUUAUCAGGGGAUGUACAACGCCACAACAAGACUAGUGGAGACCGAGUUGCUGCCGUGCCUGAGACACUACGGAAUGAGAUUCUACGCGUACAAUCCUCUGGCAGGUGGCCUUCUGACAGGGAAGUAUCAUUACGAGGACAAAGACGGCUCCCAGCCUUCAGGACGAUUCUUCGGUAACAACUGGGCUGCAGCGUAUAGAGACAGAUACUGGAAGGAAAGCCAUUUCCAGGCCAUCGGCUUGGUUCUAAAGACGUUGGAGUCAGUGUACGGCUCAGAAAAACCCACCCCGACGUCUGCUGCUAUGCGCUGGAUGUACCACCACUCCCAACUAAAGGGGGAUCUUGGAGAUGGAGUCAUCAUUGGCAUGUCAAGCAUGGAGCAACUCCUGCAGAACCUGGAUGCUGCCGAGGAGGGUCCUCUGGAUGAGAGAGUGGUUGCUGCUUUCGAUGAAGCCUGGAAUCUCGUAGCCCACGAGUGUCCAAAGUACUUCAGAUGAAGACCCUCUUCUCACCACAGAGCCAAAAUCUCCCAAUCUAACUCAUUUACAGAAAAUAGAUCUGCAAGAGACCCGAUGAUCGCAGAUACUGAUCGCAAGCUCUAAUUUCUUUUUACUGAAUCAAUCAGAAACCAACAUGUGUUAAUGUCACUACUAAUGUAUAAAUG